AUGCCUAAUGAAUACGGGAGCAGGCCGUGCUGUCGCCUCAUUAAUACUGCACUCGCACGGGGAGCCCGACCGGCCCGGCUGCGUCGUACUGCCGCCGCCCACCGCGUCCCGGCGCGGCACCGGAGCAGAACGCGGCUCUGCGGCGGCGUCCUCGGGGCCCGGCGCCGGCAGCUGGCGCCUCACAGGAACAAAGCUGCGGCACGCUGUCGGCCUAAUGCCUCUCUGUGUUGUCACUUAAGGUCUUUAUUGGUAUUAAUUGAUACGAUCGGAGCAACUUCACUCCCCAAAUCCCCAAAACAUCACCUCACACCCCCCCGGCCUCCUCCGCUCGCUCUGAAGCCUCAAACAGGUGGACGGCUAAAGGCAAAGAGGCCCCGCCCACUGCUGCAGGUAACACAGCUCAGACACAUUCAGUAUUCAUGUCUCUGCGCCUCACACUCACAGGAGGAACUUUUUACUCUCAUCACUUUAAGGAUUCGAGAACGAACCUGCAGACGGAGCAGAGGGCGAAAUAACCCACAGAGACCAGGACAGGAUCUUUCAAAGGUUUUCAAAGUUCCAGGUCCUAAAAACCUGACCCACUGUUUCUCUCUGGGCCUCAGUCAUCUGAGAACAAACCUCCUCUGAACUUUUGAGGAGGACUUCAGGUUCCCCUAAAGUCAAAAACAGGAGGGGGACUACACGAGUCCAAACUGUGACCCUGAAAAACACGGAGAGAGGACUUGGAGGAACAGACGGACUCCUGUCAGUCAUUGGAGGAAAAUGUUUGAAGUCCUUCUAAGAACUUUAAACCUAAAAAUCCUCCACAGUCAAGGUUCAGUGGAGAAGAACAUCUGGAUCUUCAGGGUGAAAACUGGAUCAUGAUCUGAUUAAAGAGUCAACAGGAAAGUUCAGAGCAGAGACAAAGGAACAACAGCUCCAUGUAGACAUGGAGGUAGAUGAACAACAUUUUCACUCAUUUAGACAACUGAAGGUCCUCACACACCGGGGCCGACGCCAGUAUAGAACACAAAAGUACAAAAUAUUCAGAGGUGAAUUUUGACGCUCCUGACUUUAAACAUCAAGCCUGCUGUGAUUUUACGACUUCCUGGGGGGGGGAAGACGAAUCCUCGGGGAAAGUCCCGCCUCCUUCGCCUCUGAUUGGCUAGAAAAACUGGAAACGUCAUCACACACUCAAGCCAAACGGUCAGCACUCAUAGCCAAUCAGAGGCAAAGGAGGGCGGGACCUUCCCUUACCUACAGCGUCCCAGGUGGAAGCGAGAAGACUAAAGUGGAGUCUACUUCAACUUGAAGUGAAGGUGAGUUGGUCGUCCUUUAGUUUUCUCUAAAGAAAAAGAAACGAGCUCAGGAGGAUCAAUAUUAGACCAAAGAAGAGAACUUUUCUCUGCUCGGUUCAGGAGCUGAAACUGGACCACGGUCACUUCAGAACCUGUUUUCAGAUCUCUGUUAGACAAUCUGAAGUUCUGCUGAAACAAUGAGCUCCAAGUUUGAAGAGGCAGAGGACUAGACUCUGGUGUUGAGAUGUCUGUCAUGAUAGCAUGUACUGAGUCGGGUCAGUACCAGAUAAACACAUGUAACCAUGGUAACAACCGUUAGCUUACGUUAGCACAGAUGAAAGUUCAAACAAAGACGUUUAUCAAACUGUUAAAGCUCACAAACCAUCGUCAAAAAUCACUCUGUUCUCCGACACGGAAACAAUCAGCCGGUCGGCCAUGUUGGAUAUACCGGUGAAUCUGACGUCACAACAACACGCAAUCUGAUUGGUCAGAAGUGGACACACAGUCUGAGAAACUUUAGAAAAAUCGACCGUGAUCAGAAAAAUAAAUGCUGCAAUAUCGCAGGACAGGAAAACUGAUGUGAACGCUUGUAUUGACAAAAAUAUUGAUGUCUGAAAUAAUCGCAGGACAAAAACGUUCCCGGUGUGAAAGGAGUGAAAACAGAGCUGUGCGCUGAAGACGGACUAAAUGACGUUUUUAGGUCACAGUCGUGUUUGUCUCUGAAAAAGAGAACCUUCUAACACAGUAAACCUUGUUUUGCACCUCAGGGCCACCGUACACCAGGACCCCUCUGAGACCUGAAUCAGGUGGACUCCUGCUGAGUCCGUCUGUGGGGGUAAAACCAGGACCAGGGUCCAACAGAGAGGAUCAGAGUCGGUGAAACCAGAUCAUCCUUGGCCCUGACCCCACCCUCUGCAGCUCCUUCACACCAUCAGGAUCCAGACUGAAGCUUCUUCCUGGAUUUGGAAUCAGGGUCUCUCUGAUUGGUCGGUUCUCACAGCCAAUCACAGCAGGUUCAACGUUUUUCUUUCUUUAGUUUCUUCAUAAAAACCUUAAAACUGUCAUGAUCAUUAUUAUCACCGCACUCACACGUGUUUCUGAUUCUUCAUAAAUCUGUCCUCACCUGAACAAAAACACCGAAUCUUUUUCCUCAUUUACACUGAAUGUCUUAAUUCUUCCUCCUCCUCGUCUCCUCUCCCCCUCCUCCUCCUCUUGACUUAAACUGCACAUGACGUUGGUAACCUGAGCAGAUUUGUUGUGUCACACAGAAGUAUCUCCUCCUAGAAAAUAGUUCCUCUCAGAGCCCCACUUCAGUGUGACACACAACAAAUCAGUAAACGCUAACGUUAGCCUCCGUGGUUAUUUAUGAUUUCAUAGCUACGCUUUGUGACGCAGCGUGUAAAAUUUAGUGCAUGACUAUCAGGACGAACAUCUACCCGCCCCGUGGCGUGUAGCCUUCCAAAAUAAAGUCGGCAUGUUUUAGUAUUUUAGUCGCAUUUGGUGAGUGGCGACCGGCCAGCCAACAGCACUGCUCCAAGGUAAGUCUCCUCGUUAAGUCUCCUAGGAAAGUCUCCUAGGAAAGUGUCCUAGGUAAGUCUCCUCGUUAAGUCUCCUAGGUAAGUCUCCUCGUUAAGUCUCCUAGGAAAGUGUCCUAGGUAAGUCUCCUCUGUGUGAUAUCUGCUCUCAGCUUUAAAGACAGGCUGAGUGACAGGAUGAGAGUGAGGCGGUGAGUGGAUGAGAGUGAGGAGGUGACAGGAUGAGAGUGAGGAGGUGAGAGGAUGAGAGUGAGGCAGUGAGAGGAUGAGAGUGAGAGGAUGAGAGUGAGGAGGUGACAGGAUGAGAUUGAGGAGGUGAGAGGAUGAGAGUGAGGCGGUGAGAGGAUGAGAGUGAGGCGGUGAGAGGAUGAGGUUUCAGCUGCACAUGAAUCAAAGAGACGAUGAUCUGCUGAGAUCUCACAGGAUGAACUUGAACGAGGACGCUGAUCUUCAGACGAACAUCAGGAGGACACAUGGAAGUGUCUUUAAAAAGACCCUGGUCUGAAUAAUGCAGGGCUGUUAUCGUCAGAGUCAAACAUGACAGGAAGUAUCAUGUUUAAAUCAAGAUCUCAGGAUCACUUCAGGGUCAGAGCCAAACACCGAGGACUCUCCUGAGAGAUCCUCAUGUUUUCAUCACUGGUUCAACUUCAGUGUCUCUCUCUCUCUUUACUUUCUCGUGUUUUGUGUCACGUUUUUUUCUUCUUCUGUGGUUUGGACUUCCUUCAGCAGCUCCAGGUGUUUGUCGGCGUUUGGUUUUUUUUUCUGACUGACUCUCGGAUUAAAAAAUUCCCCCAAACUAAUCCAACGUUCACCUCCAAGUUCUCCCUAAACUGUGACAUGUUUCAGCGCCGAGGUGUUUCCUCUCAUUUCAGCAGCUGCCCUGUUUUAAUAUUCAUGUUGGGGGGGUGAGGGUGAGGGUGGGGGAGGGGGUGAGGCGGUGUGGGAGCUGAAGGGCAGCUCUCUGGCAGCUGCUCGGCGGUGCGUUUGUCGGGCGUCGGUGUGUUGGAGGAAAAGGUCACCUUACCUGCAGACGGACCUGCGGCGCUCUCACAGGUGGCUCCGCCUGCUGCUCCAGAUGUUUGUUUGUCCUCUUUAGCUUCCCGUAGACGUGGAGCGUGUCGACACGCCGUGACCUCAGCAGGAGGGAGAGGUCUGAUCUUCAGCUCCAAACACAUGUUCCUCAAACGUCCUCUUUUACUCUCCCUCAACUUUUCUGCUCAGUGUUUCUGCACUUUUUUAAACCCCAGAGUUUCACUGAUGAUCUGAACAGGAAGUACGCAGGAAAAAGACAAAAUAAGAGCGUGGCCCUAAAUCUAAAAAAGGGCCUGGGCUGUUUUUUUUUUUUUAAUUUCCAUAUUUAAAGGUGAAGUAGACAGGAAUCUGUUAAAGAAGCAUCUUUUUAUUUUGUGGUUUUACAAAAAAUCUUCUAAUAUCAGUCAAUAGUUAUUAGUUAUUGAUUAUUUGGUAAUAUAUCGAUAUCUCUGUGUUCUCUUAUGUCUGUGUCGUCAACAUUUGAACAUUUUUGAGCGGUCCGCUCUUUCUGACUGUAAACAAAGCCGUUCUCCACCUCCUCUAACCUGAUUGGUUGUGAGGCGGACGCUGCUCCCCCGUGUCGUUCAGGAGCCCAAACAAAGUUAGCGUGCUACAAUAUCGGACAGUAGAAACCAACCAGAAAGUUCGGAAAAUUGUCUGAAUCCUCCUUUGGCCACGACUGCCGACACAAGCAAGAAAACAAAGUAAAUACCGGAGACUCUGGAGGAAUAACGGGCGCUUAAAACGGAGGUAGACCGGACAAGAGCUAAAAAGCCGGGUCAACAUAAACCAUGGGGGACACUUGGGGAUCUUGGUGACCCUGUAACCUUUCUGCUGGACAGGUAAACCGCUUUAACAAAGUAAGACAAGUGUCUGUAACAGAAGUGUUUCUUGUCAAACGGACCUGCUGUAGCGUGUUGUAGCGCCAUCGCUAAACUGUCCUCCCUCGGGUCCUGGACUAUGUCACUUUAUCCUCGUUGUAGAAGUCCUGCAAACAUUGUGUUUGCUGGUAGUCUGUUGGCAUCUACAGUAGCACCAAUGCUUUUGACUUUCACCUUGACUGGGCCCCAUUUGUAAUGAUCUGAAGUAUUUAUCUGCUUUAUAUCUGAAUUUAACUGGAACGAUACGAGCGAGCAGGAGCGUCUGUUUGUGGGCGGGGCUUGAGGGGAGAGGAGGAGCUGAGGGGAAAACUGUUGGGAGGGGUAGAGUUUAUAUUCAAGAUUUCUCCUAAAAACUGGAACUAACUCAGAUCCUCAGAAACUUCCUACAUCUGAAUGAAACCAAAACGGAGGCUAUAUUAUUUGGCUGUAACCCAUCUGACUUCCCAGCCAAUUAUCUAGGCCCUCUCAUACAGAAUGUCCUUGCAUUGGUAAAGAACCUUGGCGUGACCUUUGACAGUAAUUUUAAACUCGACAAGCAAGUCAACUCUGUGGUUAAAAAUAGCUUUUAUCAACUGAGAACUCUGUCUAAGGUAAAGGGUUACCUCUCUCGAAGAGACUUAGAGACAGUUAUACAUGCUUUAAUCAAUUCAAGAUUAGAUUACUGCAACUCCCUGUAUGUUGGCUUGGAUCAAAACCUGCUCCAUCGACUUCAGCUGGUGCAAAAUGCAGCUGCCCGCCUCCUUACUGGGAAACGUAAAAGAGAACAUAUAUAACCCCUGUGCUUGCUUCUCUCCACUGGCUCCCAGUCUCUUUUAGAAUAAAUUUUAAGAUUUUAUUGUUUGUUUUUAAAGCUCUUAAUGGACUGGCCCCCGGGUAUUUGUCCGAGCUCUUACACAUUCAUGCCCCCGCUAGGGCACUGAGAUCUGCCAAUCAGCGGCUAUUGGUCGUCCCGAAGACUCGCCUAAAGAGUAAAGGUGACCGAACCUUUGGGGCGGCUGCUCCAAGGCUCUGGAACAGCCUGCCGUUCAGCCGAGUCGAUAGAGGUUUUUAAAUCCUCUUUAAAAACACACUUUUUCUCCCUAGCUUUUACCUAGCUCUUGAUUGGUAUUUUAUAUUUGUUUUUAUUUAUGGUGUAUUUGUAACUCAAUUUUACUUUGCUGUAUUUUAAUCUUGUAUUCUGUGUUUUUUUAUCAUAUUGUUUACUGUCUGUUUUAUGUAUUUUGCUGUGCCUUAUUGACCUGUACAGCACUUUGGUCAGCUUCGGUUGUUUUUAAAGUACUCUAUAAAUAAAGUUUGAGUUGAGUUGAGGUGAGGUGAAUAAAUGUUGGUUCAGUUGAUCUUCAGGACGGCUGCAGCUUUAAGAACUUCUGCUUGUUGGAGUUUGAGAGUCUAAAGUUCACAGUGACACUCCUCUUCCUGGAUUGUAAACAAGCUGGAUCCCCCCCCCGUCUCUCUCAGCUCACUCCACUCUGCACUCUCACUUCCUUGUUCCCUCCUCUUCCUUCCUCCCUCCCCUUCACUUCUACAGCCUAAAGGUUGGGUGUAACCUCCGUGUGCUGAGCUGAUCCUGCUGACUCACAUGUUGUUGAGAUAAGAGCUCAGACUAGUUUGACUUCUCAGGAAAUAAAACUCAGUCAGUCGUCGUCAACAGCGAGUGUUGAAAUGGCGCAGAAAGGAGUUCAUCUGGACCGUGAGUCUUUCUCUUGUUCCAUCUGUUUGGAUCUUCUGAAGGAUCCGGUGGCUGUUUCCUGUGGACACAGCUUCUGCAUGAGCUGUAUUCAAUCCUACUGGGAUAAAGAGGAUGAGAAGAAGAUCUACAGCUGUCCUCAGUGCAGAGAGACCUUCAGACCGAGGCCUGUCCUGAAGAAAAACAUCAUGUUAGCAGGUUUAGUGGAGGAACUGAAGAAGAGUGGACUCCAAGCUGCUCCUGAUGGUUCCUCUGAGGCUGGACCUGUCUCACAGGCAGUGACUGAUGUGGAUGUUUUACUGGUAGAACCAGAACCCAAGACCAGAGCUGAUUUCUUAAAAUAUUCACGAAGAAUCACACUGGAUCCAAACACGGCAAACAGAUGGCUGUUAUUAUCUGAUGGAAACAGAAGAGCAACAAUGACAACACAACUUCAGUCUUAUCCUGAUCAUCCAGACAGAUUCACUUUUUGGAUUCAGGUCCUGAGUAGAGAGAGUCUGACUGGACGUUGUUACUGGGAGGUGGAGCGGAGAAGGGGCGGGGUUUGGGUAGCAGUCGCAUACAAGACUAUCAGGAGAGACGGAGACUCAAAGUAUUGUAUAUUUGGAGGAAAUGACAAAUCUUGGAGGUUAGAGUGUUAUUAUGAGAAUUUGUCAAGUUAUCAUUUGAAAAGUUAUCAAUUUGUUCACAAGCAAGUCUUCACUCCUGUCCCAGUUCCUCCGUCCUCCAGAGUAGGAGUGUACCUGGAUCACAGCGCAGGUAUUCUGUCCUUCUACAGCGUCUCUGAAACCAUGACUCUCCUCCGCAGAGUCCAGACCACAUUCACUGAACCUCUACAUGCUGGACUGUGGUUCGGCUACUGUUUUGGAGACUCUGCUGAGUUUAUAGAAGUGAACUAAAGAGAAUUUUGAGUCCAUCAGACCAAAAUCAUGGACUGAGAUCCUUGAACUCUUGAAAUGUUCUGGUUUGUAAAUGUUUGUGGAUCAGUCUCACCAAAAACUCUGGGUUUAGUUCUUCAUUUCAACUUUUUCAUUCUUUUCUAAAGAUGCUGAUUUGGUCGCAGCUUUAAGGACAGUGAUUGUGGAGAACUUUGAUUGUUUGUAUUUCUCAUGUUGAAAAAUCUUCAUACAGUUUGAUAUCAACAACAUCAAGAUGAUGGUUUGUUCAAAUCACCUUCAGUUGGUGCAGAUGUUGAAGGUCUGAGACUUUAGAAAAAAGUGAGGUCAAAAUCACAGAAAAAGGACGACCUUAUUUCCUGUCCCAAAUCCAAGCGUCUAAAGUCUUUCCAGUCGUCCCCAAAAACUCUUCAGAUGAUCUGUUUCUUUCUCUGUUUGCUGAAUAUUUGUGUUCAUGUGAUCGAUGGAUAUUUCUGUCUGCUUCUGUUGGAUCAGUGUGUUUGUAAAGACAUCUAGAAUCAGACUUUGGACAGAUCUACAUGUUGUUAUGAGCUUUUCAAUCACUCUAAUAAUAAUAAUCACAUUUAUUAGUCCGACUGUUUGGAUGUUUCUGACUCAGCUCAGAUUGUGGUCAAGUCUCUGAUUGUGGGUAAAAAAGAAUAAAAAUCAUCAAACUGAGUCACUGAAAUCACCUCGUCUGUUUGUCUUUAUUGUGUCUGUUUCUGCUGGAGCAGAGAGGGAGGGGAGAGGAGGAGCUGAGGGGAAAACUGGUUGGAGGGGUAGAGUUUACAUUCAAGAUUUCUCCUAAAAACUGGAACUAACUCAGAUCCUGACUACAACACAUUUAAGGCUGUGAGGUGAGUGAAAAGUUGGGAUUUAGGAUCAGAUUUUUAAAAAAGAGUUUUUCAAAUGAUUUCCAAAGACAAUUUUCUCCCUUUCAAAAUAAAACUUCAACAUAAACAUUCAUUUUUACUGUAGUAAAAUGAAAAGGUAAAGGUGUUUUUAUUGAGCCGAAUUAUCAAUAAAAUCAUGAUUUUGUUAACACGUAUGGAUUUAUGUGCUGUUGAGUUAAUAUAUUUGAACAAGAGCACAGUAAAGUUAAAUCAGCUAAUUUUCCAAUGAGGUUCUGUUACCGAACGGAACUACACCAUGUUCUACUGAGGUUAGUACAUAUAGGGUCACAGACAUAGUACUAGACACCAAACAUCUUUUUAACUUUGACUCAUUUCUUUAGCAAAGAGACUAAACACAACUCACCUACUCUCUUCCAGCAGACACUUGUUUGUAGAGAGACCUCAGGCCAGUCCAUUACAGACUACAGCGGGGUGCCGCAGCUCAAAGAAGAACAUUUAUGAUCAUUUCUUCAUGGAAAUACAAUCAGACCGAGACGCUAAGACAGAAGAACUACCGCGUCUGUAAAAUGAUUAAUAUGGUGAUUAUUACUUCAAGGAAAUGAUAAAGAAAUGAUCAUAAAUGUUCUUCCUUGAGCUGUGGCACCCCACUGCACUCUGUGAUUGACUCAUCAGGGCUCACCAACAAACAAGCGGCCCUAAAUUAAUUUUACGCCGGAAUAUCCCUUUAAGACGGGACACUCUUUGACCCGCUGCUCUGUUCUCAGUCUUCAAAUAAAACCUUGGAAAGCUCGGGACGAAGCUUACGCCGGGUUCUCGUCUUGCUAUGUCCUCUUCCUGUUUGUGUCUUGGAAACCAUGGCGACUGAAUCCAGGUGUGAUACUUCUGAGCUGAAGGGGGUGAAUGAUGGACGGUAGUUUAAGAUGAAAAGAGUGAAGAUGAGCAUGAGACAGAGACCGGAGAACACGGGGAGACACACACACACACACACACACACACACACACCCUCCCUGUGUUUCAUGUAUUAGUCAUGUCUGCUGGAUGAUGAUUGGUCCUCCUCAGGUGUACGACAGGUAAAUAAUGGAAACUGUUUUUGGAGCGUCUUUGUCUCUGAACUCCACCUGAAGGCUUUUCAAAUUAAAACUCCACCCGCUGCUCUCUCUCUCUCUCUCACACAGGCUCUCUGCCUCGCUCGCCCUCUUUAUUUGUCUGUGUACCUGGAGGGUGAUUCUGAAACAAACACAGUAAACACACCGGAGAACCUCAGACCCAGGACUACAGUCAGACCAGGUCCAGUCCAGACUCCUCAGACCUUCACGCUCAUUAUCAGCAGUUUCUCUCUGAUCCAAAAUAACAAACAGGAG